GAUAUGGAGGUACAAGAGUUGAGCAGAAUGUGUGCUGGAUGAUGUAUGUUUGCAGCUAGCAUUUUCUGUUUUGUGAUGUGUUACGAAUUUUCAAUGGAUCAAUUUGAUAAUGCUUGUGCAUUACAUGUUAUGUUGUGAUCCUCAAUGGAUAUAAUUUUCGAACGUUUUACUCAAGUUUGAAUCCAUCAUGUAGAGCAACUAAACUGGGCAAGAUCUGCGUUUCAGUGGGAUAGACACUGUUUUGGUCACUUUCUCAGUGGCUUCACCGCCCCUCCAGUUGACCGUCAUCUUGAAAUAUUGAAAUAUGGCAUCAAUAAGCAGGACUGAUGUGGAACGCAGGAAAGAAGAGGCACAGCGAUUGCGUGCCAAUCAGGCUAGUAUGAGCCAAGCUGAUGCUGUGCCUGAGGAACCUUUAUUUGAAGCCCCAAGAAAGAUUGAAAAAACUCAGAGGGAUCACAGCGCCAGAAAAAUCAAGGAAAUACUUGGGAGCUGGGAUAAAUUUCAGUGGGGCUCAGAGAAGUCUAUACAAAGACCACCAAAUGAUACCAAAGCUUUGGCAGUUAGCCGAGCAGCGACGCUGGCUGUUGCUCCUUCUAGAGCCCUCCACAGCUCUGAACCAACAUCAAUGCAACCUGCACAAAGUUUGCACCAUGCCCACCGUCUUAAUGGUGAGCACAAAAAGGAUCCUGGGAGUUCUCGCAGAGGGGACUUCAGUGAGCUGGGUCAUGCUCACAAGAGCAAGGGUCAUCAAGGCAGCAGCAAACCUGGAGCUGAAGAUGGACACAAGUCUGAGGCUUUAGUAGUUCCUCAUGAAAUUUCAGGAUCGCACAGUAACAAAAGUACUAAUAAUGUGAACAAUGUUGCAUCAGCAACUCAGAAUCCGAAGUCACCUUCAGAUGGACUACAGGGUGCUUUGAAAAGCAAAGUGCGACCAAGUUAUAGUCCCCUAAAAGGACAUGUGUCAGGUCAACACAGUGCAUACCGAGUCUUUCCUGACCCACAUCAAAACAAGGUACCUGCUUCCCACAGAUCAAAGACAGCAGAACCAGCAAAGGCAGCUGAGAAAGCUGCUGCAACUAGUCAUUCAAGUAGCACAUCUCCUUAUCAUGGAGCACAUCGCAUGGUGGGUUUAAACCACACCUCACCUGUAGCUUGUACUCCGCCUUCCCAUCGAUCUCCUCCACAACGGCAGCUCCUGGAAGAUGCCCUUAAUCAGUCGGCAUCAAAUCUCCAGGGUCCUACCAGGCCAAAUCUCACUGUGCAGAUAAAGCAGGAAGAAAUUUUGGAAGAGAUAAAAGAUCUGGACAACAUUUUUAAAGAAAUGACUGAUGUCCAGCCUCCACAUACUGGUAUUCAGACGCCUGUUAAAAUGAAUGUGGAUCGAUUUCCUUUUCCAAGCUUACCUCAGGAGAUGAAUGUUGGCAACAAGAUGAAAAGAGAAGACGUGUUGAGUACAGAAUUAGAGCAAGCACAAGUUGGACCAAAAGUUCUCUCUAAAACCACAUCUUUUUUGGAGGACUUGGAUGUUAGUGAAGACUCUGAUGAAGAGGACGAAAAGCCACGAGAAGUCAUGACCAAUGCUAUGACUAAAAAAGAAGAAAGUGCUGGCCCAGCCUCAUCCAAUUCUUCAAGUGAUGAUUCCAGUAGUGAGUCUGACAGCAGCUCAGAGGGGGGUAGCGAGUCAGACUCAUCUGCAUCAGAACCAGAAGACGUUCCUGAUGACGAGAAGGAGGAAGGUGAAAUCCGAGAGGACACCAAGAAGGAGAUUGCAAGAGAUGAGACAUCAAGUCCAUCAAAAGAGAACUCCCAGUCUGGCUGGCGCUUAGAACGAUUUAUGCCUACCAAUAAGCAAUCAUCCCCAGCAACACGAACCAACACAGAAAAUAGUGUGACUAAAGCUAGUGGUAAAGGGGAUGUGGAGAAGACAAAAUCAUCGCAACGGAAGAUCGGUGAGAUUGGCCCAAGCAUUACCAUGCCAUUCACUCCACAUGAAGACCUAAGUAGGCCUUUUGAGCAAGGCAGCAGUGAAUCAGUCAGUGCUCAGAGAGAAUUUAAAGAAACUUCAUCAUCUGUUGGUCCAGAGACAGGAAAGCCAUGGAUGUUGGCUUUUAAACCUCCGUGUGAUGAAAGUUCAUCAUUACAAAGCAGCAGAAAUAUAAAGAUGUCAGAGAGUACAACAUCUGAACUGCAGCAUGGCGAAAGGAAACGCAAGAGUUCUUCAGAGAGUGAAGUAGACAUUGAGUCUAUCACCCCAGAGCCAAAGGUCUUUGCAGCCAGCCAGGCCAGUAUCAAUAAAUUAGCUAAGCAGCUUGAGAGUGUCAGUAAAAGUUUGUUUGGAACACCAGACAAUGUGUGUGUUGGUGGUAAUGGUAGUUUGAAUGUGCCUCUCAAGAACAAGAAUGUUCCCAGGAAAAACAGCGCCAGGAGUAACAAAGCUGAAAGAAAGAUCUUGUCUGCCCCUGACACUGCCAGUGCCAAGUCCUCUAUGAAACCACCAAAUGACUCAUCCAGUCACAUCGCUAAUAUUUUCAGGGAAACCACAGAGGAUUUCAAGUUCAAACCUCUUUCUCCUAUUGAAUCUAGCACAACUCCACAGAGGAAGGAGAAGGAGGGAGACCAAUGGGGGCAGCAAACCCCUUUGCAUAUCCCAACAGCCACUUGCGGUAAACCUUCCAUUAUUGUGAGGAUUCCCCUGUCAUCUCUUUCAAACUGUAGUAGACUUCAUCUGUCUGCGAACCCUGUGGCAUCUCAAGGCAAGACUCUUAUUGGCAGACAUGAGCCUCAGUCUACAGCAGACUCAUCGCACAAUGCUGCAGGUGUCAGUAUGAGUCAGGGUGCUACAAAGUGUAUAGAGCGCUCAUCUCAAGACCAGUCGGAAACCAGUGGUGUUGGUAAAGCUGCUGAAGCUCAGGUAACUCCAAUUCCUCCUUCAUUCACUGAUUCAUCCCCUUCCAACGUGUCAACAGUCAAAAGGAAAAGGGAACUAGAUGGUAGAGAGGCUGCUAAGAAACAGAAGUCAUCAAACAACAGUUCAUCAAAAUCCAUGGGGAGAGCACCUUCAGAAGCCAUUGAAAACGGCGUGUCUCAUGCUGAUGAACCAAGUAAGGGUUCCAAGAAAGUACCAGAGAGACGCAAUAGUGCAAGCAGUACAUCUAGUCGCUCAAGCCAUAAAUCUUCUAAGAAAUUAAAAUCAGACUCGUUGGAGACUAAGAUGAAGGUGCAUGAGUUGGAACAGCAAUCUAAAGAGACACAGAAUCUGCCAUUCAUCUCAUAUGCCAGUCAUACUCCAGCAGAAAGCCUAUCAGGUGUAGUCUGUGGGAGUAAAGCUGAAAGGAAAGCAGAAGCAGACCCACUGUUGCUCUUAGAAGAUGAUAGACUGGAAGUGCCAGACUUCUAUAUUCAGAAAGCCAAGGAACUGAAGCAUGAAGCAGACAAAAAGAUGGAAAAGUCGGCCAAGUUGGUGCCAUAUGUCAAAUCCAUACUUUAUUUCAUUCUUUGGGGGCAUACUAUGGAGAAACAAAACAACAAUGAACCAAGGCGCAUCUUUACGAUGUAUGCAGACACAAAUUCUCUUUUACAGUAUGUCAGCCGUUGUAGAAGUACUGCAAACAGAGAUCCUGACAUUGCUGAACGGGAAGCAAAACUCUCAGUAUUAAUAUUACGUAUGCAGUCUCUUUUGUGCCUCAAGCUAUACAACCUUAAAAAAGCAGAAGCCAUGAAAUUCAAGCAAAUCAUUGACCAUGAUACCAAUAAGGCUUCUUCAACAAUGAAGAUCAGUUCUCAUGCGCCAUCACCACAUCAGAAUAGCUGGAACAAAAACAGCACUGGUACACCUUCUCCAAUGUCACCAACCCCUUCUCCGACCUGUAGCAUCGGCUCAGUUGGAUCACAGGGGAGCUGUGAACAGGGCAGCUCCAAACUUACCAAUGGUGUUACUGGCGCAGCCUCAAUGUCUUCACCUGGCAUGGUCACUGUGCCACAGCGUAUCCACACAGUGACACAAAAAUAUGUGACUGUUGUUUCCUACCUUGUGCAAUGCCAUGACCUCUGGGAUCAGUCUGUAGAUGAAGCCCGUCCUUAUAAAGAUUUUUUCAGCAAUAUGGACAACAGAUGUGGACCCCUGUCCCUGCACAGCAGUAUGCUUCAUUUGGUGCGCUAUGUGUGCACAGCCCUCAAGGAGGUUGUUGGUUCAUAGAGAUCUGCCAGGUUUCUUGUUUAAAGGCAGCCCCCACUCCUACUCCCCAGCAGCUGCCACUAGCAUUUCCAGCAGCUUGGGAAGAUACUCAUCGGGGCAGCAUCGCAUUCAAAGGAAAAAGCAUGCCUACAAAGGCAAUGUUUCUACUGUGCAAUAAACAAAGAGGUGCUGUGGACCCUUCAUGCUUGAGCCAUGAUGUUAGUAAAGACAUAAGUGGCGUGCCUCUUUUUUCCCAUUCCUUUGUAUUUCACCCACACUUUAACGAAGCCUUCCUCGUUCCCGCUUUCCAUGCCACUCAUUGUGUACCCAUAAUUCAUAUACAGUCAUGCAUGUGUGAAUGUGCCUACACAGACACUCUCACAUGCACACAAUGUGCAAAUGUUUUAUGGCAUAUGAGAUGGCCCAUUUUGUUACCCCCCGCCCCACCUCAUCAUCAGGAAAAUGAAAUGUAGAUUUCUUGAAAGAUUGCCAUGGAUAUUGUGCCUGUCAUACUGAUGAGUCAGUGGAGACCUGUGCUUGAAAAGGGCUUGGGUCAUCCCAUUCAUGCAGCUUCUGAUGGCCAAGUCAUGUGCCAGUUGUGAUGCAUGUGGUCUUCGUGAUAAAGUGUAAAAAGAAAGAAGAAACAGCAGACCUGUACCUGUCCCCACGGGGUUUCCUACGCAGCCUUCACUUGCCUUGAACAGCCUGCUGCUGACAACAGUUUGAAUAGAUGUCAGUUGAUUAAUAGCUGUGCACAACUGUUGAACAACAGGGCUGUGAUAGAGCACAUAAGUGGUGCAGACACAAGUAAAAGUCAUUGAAGUUUAGCAAGGACAAGACACCAUGCUCUGUGAUAACAGUAUAAACUAUAGCAGAGAGAGAAAAAGAAUUUGUGCAUAGACAAGAAAUGUUUGAUUUAUAGAUUGGGAUAAUUGUAAUCUUGUUGCUCUGGAGUGGGGUCAGUGAGAGAUACAAAGGCAGCAGGGUUGCUACAGCUUUAUUUUGGAUGCACUUGUUCUUAUGUUCAAAAAAUAAAAAUCGUCCUUGAUCACAAGAAUGCAACAGAUAAACCAUAUAUGAAUGGUUUUUGCCAUCAAGCUUUUGAUGAUUUUAUGGGUGCGCCAAACAUGGUAGAUAAAACCUGUCAUAUGGUUUAAAUGUCCAGUUUUCACGACGCUUUUGUUGGGUUGUGGUCAGAUCCUAGAUUUAAUGUAGAGACUUGCAUUUUUAGUUUUGUUAGUGACAUGCAUGUUUGUAUCUUUUUGCUGAGGACAUUUUAGCUGCUCUGUGCAGUUGAUAUGCACAAGAAAAAGAAAAAAUAUUGCUUAAAACAUGAAUCAGAAAAGUUUUGUAAAGAACAGGUAGUCUUUGAGAAUUAAAGGGUUUAAAAAGUACUUGUCUAAUUGUUUUUAUGGCAGGUGCACCUCUAAAGCUAAAGAGAAGUGUACAGAGAAAGAGAAGCAUUACUUAGUUUACCAUGAGCAAUCAUACAUAUACAGCUUUUUAUAUGCUGGAAGAAGUUCAGUCUAGUAAAAUUUGCUUUGACCCAAUGUUGAUCUGCAUAUUUGUGUCAUUUGUAAACUUUACUAGAUUUUUGUGAAGCUCCCCACAGUCAUAGUCGUCUUUUGUUUUGAGCAUUACCUGCAGUUUUUGUGAAUAGAUGGCAAGACAAUCUUCUGUGUUGCAUGCAGCAAUAGCCUGGUCCUGAUCUCUUUAAAAAGAUAAAUACAAAAGAAAAAUGUUAUUUAAGAUUAUCUGGUUGCAUUACGUUGAUGAGAUGGCAGAAUGGUUGUCCAUGUGACAGUUGGAAACCAAAGAUUUGGAUGGAUGUAAGAUCAAGUGAUAAAUGGCUGUGAGAUUUUAUCAUUUGCAUGGGUCUGCUUUUAAAUUUUUGAUUUUAUCCAUUUAUUUCUUAUUUUAUUUUUAUUUUUGUAUUAUAUUUUGGUGGGUUGAAUUUCAUAGAUAUGCUUUGCUGAUUUUGGAAGAUUACUCGAAAUUGAAGGUUAAGCCCAGCGUGUGUGGUGAAAGAACUUGUUGAGGUGCUAUUUAGCAAAAAAUUGCUUUAAGUAUAGGUCUAUAGAACAUGCACAAAAUAGGAAAGAUUGAAGAUAAAGAGAACCUCAAAAGUCUAGUGCUGUUUGAGGGGGAACUUAGUAAAGCCGCCUGGUUUGUUUUUUUCAUAAAAUAAAGUCUUUGGAAAUCCUUCCUGGCCUGCCUCAUUUUUUUUUUAUUUUUUUUUUUAAACUUUUUUCUGUUUUAGAAGACUGAUAGUGAUAUGUAUAUAAAAAAAUAUUUUCUUUUUUAUCUAGAAACCUUUGUUGCAAUAAAAUGUGUUCUGCACCUGCAGUUUAGAGUUUCUCACCUCAUUGUUUACAGUUUCACUGGAAGGAAAGAAACGGUCAUUAAAGAGGACACCCACUUUCCUUACCCCUCCAACCCCUUUUUUAUUUUUAUCCUUUUACCACUAAAGAAAAAAUGGCUGUGGUUGUCCUUAAGGGUCUAAAAAAAAAAAGGAAGUUUUUUUUAAGGAAAUUAGUUCAGUAUUAGGUAUGCUGAGAUAUAUUUUAAAGUUAUUAGAGUACUUAGAAAAUGCAAAGUCACAAUGUCCUUGUCCCUUUAAUGUUAAUUUAAAAAAAAUUUAUUGGCACAUGUACUUUAUCCUGUUUCUCCGUGAAACAUUUGACACAUUUGUUAUGUGUGGGUGUUUACCACUAAGGCCUUUGAAUACACAUUGCUGUACCACAUAUUGUCUGUUUUCAGAUCAAUAGACAUAAAAAAAAUCCACAAGCGCGGCAGCUGAGGUAACCCGAGGACUGCCUGUAUUGAUAUGAAAACAGACAGUAGGACUAUUUGGAAUUAAGCCACUGUUGGGAGUUUCAGUCAGUGUCCAACUUCAUGAUAAAUGGUUCAAUUUUCUAGUCAUUUCCCCUUGUAAUUAGAAAGUAUGAAAUUGUGUCAGAAAACUGAAGGUAGUGACAGAGCAGUUGCGCAACAUUGUAUACUUCUGGGUAUUGGGUUUUUUUAUAAUAACAUAGACUAAAUCCUAGUUUCUAUUGCACACUAGGUGUCGGGACAGUCAAAAUUUGAGGCAAGCUUUAGGUGAUUGUUAGAAUUAGUGUAUUGAAAUGACAUCUUAUAGGAAAGGGUUGUUAUUAAGAGGGGAGAUUGUAAAAGUUUAUAAAUCGUAUUAGCAGUUAUAAAUAGAAAUUAUGUAAAAAUUUAUCUAAUGGUUUACCUUGAAUGGCUGUAGAGAAGCACUGAACUUCCUAAAUAUCCCUUGAUGGUGUUAGCUAUCAUGAGAGUUGUAUUUACUUACUAAUAUUUGUUGCAUUGAAAUUAUUAAUAAAAGCUAGAUUGUUGCAAAUGUAAAUAAUACAGACAGCAGCAUUUAAAGACUAUAACUGCAUACUCUGCAGUCUUUGCUCAUAUAAUUUUUCUUGUGUGGCAAGGAUUACAGCUUCAGAAUAGUUCCAAAUGAUUAAUAUUUCCUUGGGAUUCAUGCCUAGCUGACUUUAGUUAUGAAAUUUGUGCUGAUUCUUAUGUGGUGCUAAAGCUUGCAAAAAAGCACCACUUUUAUACUUUUUUGAACAAGGGGAUAUGUAUAUAAUAUUGUAAUAUUUAUGAGUACAUUAAAAAUCUUGAAAAUAUGUAUCUAGCAUCAUAGCUGCAAUUUCAGCUUUUGUUUCAGAUCAUUGUAAUUUUUGACAAUGCAAGCUGCCACAGAGUUCUUUUAGGUUUAGAAGUAGUGGAAAAAACUAAUUUAUCAAAGAAAUAGACUCCAUUUUCCUUUAUUACUGCUAAAGGGUUGAACAAUCAACAAUAUUUGUAUUUUUUCCAACAUGUGGGAAUAUUGUUGCUUGAGCUUUAAACAUAGAACAUCCUCGGACUGUUUAACCAUUUGUAAUUUGUCUGUAGAUCACUUUAAUACUAACAACACACGCUAUCAGUAAAUUGUUGCUAAUUGUGACUUCCUAAGAUCAUCUCAGCCUAUGAACCUUCCCAGACCAAUCUAAUCUGUGACCAUUACUCCAAAUAAGAAUUCUGGAUUUUAUUGGCACAACUUUAGACCACUUCUUUAUUCUUGCUGGCUUAUAGUCAUUUUUGUGCUUUGUUUGCCUGGAUCAGAGCAGUGUUGGUCAUUGAUCAAGUAUAGUAUGUGCAGGUCAUAACCUGGGGUGUUUUUAUAUAUAUAUGAAAAGGCUCUCAAGAAGGGUUGAUUGGGGUUUAAUAUCCUUUUGUUAAAGAAUUUUGUUUCUUUUUUUUUUUUUUAGUUAUGUGCUGGCCCAUUACCUCAUGCAGUGUGCAAGUGAGUGUGAGUGAAUGUACUACAGACGAAGCUUGUUUCAGUGUUGUCGCAAAGUACUGCCAUGUAAAGUCAGUCCCUUUACAUCCUGAUUCACCACAUCAGGAUCCAGUGUUCAUGUACCACAGCCAGUUCUGCCAGUUCUUACCACCACUUUUUCCUGUACAUGCUUAAAACGGUUAUGAAUUUGUUAUCCCAAGAAUGACAUGUCAUGAAUGACCGGCCUAGACUAGUGCAAUGGCAGCUCAAAAUCUGUUAAAGUGAGCAAGAAAUUCCAGCAAGUUUUUUGGUUGAAGAUACAGGAAGUGCUGUGUCAUAUGUACAGCGUCAAGAGACUAUUUUAUUAACAUGUUGCUGAAAUAAGUUAGUUGGGUUUUUUUUAUUAAAUCUGUUUUUGAUUAUUAUGCAAUUUGUCCUAAAAUGUAUUUAUCUGGCCUCCAUCUACAAUUUCAUUAUCUUGUAUUUAUCUUCUGUCUGUUUAAUAUUUUAUUUCAUGGUUACUUCUUCGAGUUUAAUUUGGGAGGAGGGAUGUCGUUAUUCAGUUUGCGGGGCAGUGCAAGUGAAUGUGUGAUCUUGGUGGAAAUUGAAUAAGCCUUUACAAAAGGUGCUUUGGUUACUGUUGAACCUUGUGUGCAACUUCUAUGACUAUGACACCAAUUUGAAAUCAAAUCAAAGCUGCUAAACACUUGAGCAUAAGAUGAGGUGAGAAAGAAUUAUAAAUCUCUUUGUGUAUAAAAUGCAGACAAGA